CGCAAACAAUGGAAAGUGGAAACGCGGCUAAUGAAGCCGAAGAGCUCUUUCACCAAACAAACAAAUAUAAGGCAGUACGUCACAUUUAAGUUAGAAAUGGCCUAUUCCCAUUCGCCAAAAAAGGCUGGUCUACCGCGAGAGGUUUUUAAAUGGCUGCAAAGUCUCGAUUUAUCGAUCUUUCCAAAAAACGUGCGCAGAGACUUUUCCAAUGGAUACCUAGUGGCAGAAAUAUUUUCAUGGUACUUCCCGAAGGAUUUUCAGAUGCACUCUUAUGACAAUGGAGCAUCAGUGGCUGCCAAGCAAUCAAAUUGGUCCCAGAUUGAGAAAUUUCUGGUGAAACAAAACAUCAGUCUGUUGAAGGAGGCCAUCGAUGGCACAAUCCACUGUAAACCUGGGGCUGCAGAGCUUCUUGUGCAGGAGAUUUAUACCGUCUUGACCAACAGAAGGAUCCAAACCGUACAGACGGUGGUGCAAGGCUUCACAGAUAAGGCCUAUCAAGAACAGUUGCCUAUGGUGGCGCGUGCCACAGCCUCAGUGGCCAUAAAAAGCAACUUGCGUCUCAGUGAGGUUAUAGCUGAACCAAACAUCACUGCCAACCAGCAUAAGGUUCUGGCCAUCAUACACAGGCACAUAGAACAGAGGAAAGAGGAGAGGAACCAAGACCCAAGGCGCUUCAAUGUGAAACCCACUCUUGGAGAACAGGCUGUCAGAUUUCGUCCCCUGUUAGCACACCAGACUGAGCCAAACCUUCAAAUAAACACCAGUCAAGCAGCUUGUUAAGUGCUUGGUCCCAAACUUUUCAACAACAGGAUAAGCCGUGUGAUCAGUGGCAUCUGGAAUCAGAAAGAAAUGCUUUGCGGAUAUCAGGGACUGGCAAAAAAAGAGAUGGUUUAAGGUAGAUUUCCAAUAAAAAGCAUGCUUAGCAUGCAUAUUCAUCCAUGUGAAGGCAUCCUUUGUUGUCCAUUUUUGAACUGAACACAAUCUGAAAAAUUAAAUAAAAAUAAAUAAAUAAA